UAGCGAUCGUAAAAUCAACUUCUAAAUCAAAUGAAAAAUAGUGAAAGGAAGUUGAAAGGGCAUCAUAAUAGUAAGUUCAUGGAUUUUUAAUAGGCUUAAUAGUUCGAAUUCUAAAUGUCAAAAAAAAAGCAAACUAAAGGGAGAAGAAGGUAUAAAAGGAAUUUAAAAAAGGCAAUAGAAGUUUCGCAUUAGCAGUAAACUCAAUUAGCUGAUGGCUACUACGAGGUGGAGUCAAUUUAAAAAAUUAGGAGUUUUGGUAAAUAUGAUCUGAGAUUUUAUAUAAAGUGGAAAGGUUGGGAAGAUACCGAUAACACAUGGGAGCCUUUUUAAAAUGUUAGAAACUGCUACUUCAAUUUAAAAGAGUUUUAUGAUAAAUAUAAUGAUAAUAAAAAAAUGACAGGUUCAGAUGCUUGGAAGACUUUUGUGGGUUGUUUAAGGCGUGAGAAUUUAUUAGAUGAAAAAGGGAAAUUCGUAGAAACUAUAAAACGCAAAUACAACAAAAGAAAGCGGGCAUUGUUAAAGGGCUCAAGUGAUAAUGAAAAUGAGACAGAUAGUGAUGAAAAUAAAUCAUCUGAAAAUAAAGAAUAAACUAGUUACGAUAGCAUUGUACAUAAAACAUAGCAGUUAGCAGGACUUAAGUUCGAAGACAAUUAAGAUGAAAACAAUCAUAACAAUAGAAAUCAAGAUAAAAGCUAUAGGGAUAGAGAUGGCAUUAGAUUGAGGAAAAAAAUAACAAAAAUGAAAAAGAAAAAUAUUUAAAAUGGAUAAUAGAAUAAAGAUGGCGAUAGUGAUUAGGAAGACAAAGUAGAUAAAACUAUUGAGAAGAGGAAACGUAAAUAGUAUCAAAAAAGAAAAUCUCUAAGCGAUUAAUUUAAAGAUGAAGGCGGUUUAUCUACGAAAGCAAAGAAGUUAAAAAGAACAUAUUCAUCCACUCAAUCGAAAAAAGAAAAAAGAAAUAAUGAUGACAAUGCUUUGCAAUAAAAUUAACAAUAAAUAUAAAUAUAAUAAUAAGAUAUAGACCUUAAAAUAGAAGAAUAAGAUGAAGCAGAUAUAGACGGUAUCUUUAAUGAGUUAGGCGCCAAUUCUAAGAAUUUAUAAAAUAUAGUUGCAUCAAAUGAAUAGAAAGGCAAUUCUUUAGUUAAAAAUAAAACUCAAUUUUCCGAAGAAGCUUCAAAAAGAGAUACUUCAAAAGAUGGCAAUGAAAAAUAUAUCGCAUCGAAUUCUUAAAUUGAAAGCUAAAAGCAACUCAAAGAAAGGGAAACAAAUAGUGGAUCUAAUCUAUCUGAUGCAUAAAAAUAAAUAAAAAACCAAGGUAAAGAUUUCAGUGAUGAAGAGGGAGAAAAUGAGGAGUAUGAUGACGAUGAAGAAGGAGAAUAAGAUGUAGAAGAUGAAGAGGAAGAAGGAGAAUUAGAAGAAGGAUUAAAUGAGGAAGAGAAAGAAUAAGAUAAUGACAAUAAUAACAAUGCAGGAUAUGAAGAAAAUGAGUUACAAAAAUAGAAUUCUUUAAAUUUUAAAAGAGAUUUUGCAUAAUUGUAAAAUCAAAAUUAGCUGGAAGGGAGUGAGUUAGAAUCAAAUCUUUAAAAAAAAAGAAAAAAAGAAACUAAUGACUUAAAUUCUACACAUGUUUUAUUAGAACAAAAGGAAGUUCUAGCUUCUCUAUAAGAAUUAGAACACUAACAAUAACAAUAGAGGUAUAUGCAUGUUGAAAACAAUCCAUUUGGAUCAAAUAAUAACAUCGAAUCAGAACUCCUUCAUAACGAAACAACAUAAAGGAACAAGUUUAAGAUUAUUAAUCAACUUGAAGAUGGUAGUAUUUCGGAAGGAAAUGGCCCUCUGAAAAAUUAAAUGAUUAGUUCAUUUGAUAAUUUUAAUAAUAGAGAGUAGAUUAAUAGCGAAUAAUAUUUAGAUAAAUAAAGUCCAACUGGUUUAUCUAAUCUUCAUUUUAGUGAUUAGUAAAGGAAUAUACAACUUAGGAACUCUCUUUCUCAUUAAAGCUAUUUUAAUAAUAAUAAUAAUAAAAUAUUUUGGUAAAACACUGUAAUUCAAUAGGAUAUGAUAUCAUCUGUUUAGGAAUAGUAACCUAUUGUUUAAGGUUCCGGAAUAUAGAGAAUUAUUUAAGAUAAAGAUAAAGCUAAAUAUUUUGAAGAUAAAUAAUAUAAUCAGCUAUUAUAAUAAUAAAAUUAAUAUUCUAGCUUUCCUCAUAUAGAAAAUUAAUAAAAUAUAUACUCAAGCAAAUUAAAUAUAAAUGCCUAAAAAUAGUUAAACGGGAACUCACCAAUUAUGAUUGAAGAUGACGAAGAAGAGAUAGUUGAAAAUUCAGAACUUCAAUACAAGUUACAUAACGAAAGAGAUGACAAAGAUAAAUUUACUAAAAUUCGCUUAGUUAAAAAGCAUGACUCUGUAGAAAUUUAAGACACUUAGCCAUAUAAACAUAUUACACAGUACUUAGAUGAACUGCAAUAGAAAAGAAUACGCCCUAGUAAUUAUAAUGACAUCCAAGGGCAGUUAGGCGGUUUAUCUAAAAGUUUGCAUGAAUUAAGCUAAUAUAACUAGCCCGAAACAAAAUAGCAAUAUUAAAAGUAUAAAAAAGAAUUAUAGCAAAUUCAAUAAAAUAAUAAAAAUGGAAUUUAAAAAUAAAAUUCAAAUCAGAAUUUAAAUAACAAUGGAUCAUAAAACAAUAUUCCACAAUUUAAUGAACAAACAUAUGAAUAGUUUAUAAUUAGCUAAUAUUAGGAAAUAAAGCACCUCAAAAAUCCAGAAGUAAAGGAUCCUUAAAAAUCUAUAAAAUCAUUGUAUGAAGGUAAUUUGUGUCUUAAAGAUGAACCAAAUAGAAUUAUAGCAAUGGAUAUACAUCCUUACUUGAUAGGGUAGUAUAUUUUUAAAGUUACUUGGGCUCCUCGUAAAAAAAAAGACUAACUUAUAAGUAGCUGGGUUGAAGGUGAUAAGCUCAAAUUAAAAUAUCCUAAUUUAGUUAUUGAAUUUUAUGAGUCUUUUAUUCGCUUUGUUGAUUGA